AUGUCAAAUAAAUGCCUAGAUCUUGCUCUGGAGAUCUAUUUCAGAUUUUCAAUGCCAGCCCCAGUGUCAGCUUCGGUCUCGGCUCAAAUAUAUGCCAGCUCUAGCCGGAGCCGUCCGAAUGCCAUCUCUAAUGCCCACUCCGAUACCAGCCCCAUUAGAUGCCCGCUCCAGUGCCAGCUCAGAUACAUGCCAGCUCCAGUGCCCGCUUCUCUGCAAGCUCCAGUGCCCGCUUCUCUGCAAGCUCCAGUGCCCGCUUCGCUUCCAGCUCCUGUUCCUGCUCGUGUUCCUGCUCGUGUUCCCGCUCUUGUGUCCACUCCGGUGACCGCUCGAGUGACUACUCCAGCGUUCGCCUCGAUGCCAGCUCCUGUGCCAGCGCCAAUGCCGUCUCCAAUGCCCCUUCCGGUGCCCGCUCCACUAUAUGCCAGCUCCGGUACCAACUCCAUUGCCAGCUCCAGUACAGGCUCCAGUGCCAGCUCUGAUAUAUUCCAGCUCCCUUCACCGUUCCUCCACCGCACUGGCACCUCCUCUCCCCCUCUUACUGGUCUUCCCUCUCCCUCUUCGCACCCCCCGCCAACUACUGGGUUCAUAGCCGAUGUUCAUAGAGACGGCGCCCGUAAGACUCAAUGGACCGGGAUUAUUCCAUCUCAAAAUGAGACAAUUUCGCAUGACAGCCCCCUAGAGCUCGUUCUCAUAGAGGAGGCCGUCGAUCCACCAGCGGCGGUUGAUCCACUGGAGGACGUCAUUCCACCGGCGGCCGUCGAUCCACUAGAGGCGGUCGAUCCACUGGAGGCCGUCAUUCCACCGGCGGCCGUCGAUCCACUGGAGGCGGUCGAUCCACCAGCGGCCGUUGAUCCCGCAGCGGCCGUCGAUCCACUGGAGGCCGUCAUUCCACCAGCGGCCGUCAAUCCACCAGCGGCCAGCAAUGCAGAGGAGGUUGAGGUGGUGACAAGGACUUCUUCAAAUCUCCAGAACUACAGAGACUUUAUCACUGGUCUUUCCAUCAACGCAAGGUUCCCAAGAAAGGAUUUUGUGCUCGUUGUAGCAAUGCCUUAUCUGGGUCAAAAGAAGGCCGGUACGCUAGGUCAAAGUCUUAGCCUCCACCAAUACUCAGGGCGAGAGAUCUCGCAGGGUAGCGGUAGCACAACUCCUGCUCCCAGCACUGUGAAGACCCCGCCGAGCACACCCGGAAACGAGAACCUGGAUCUCAGAGUUCACCAAGCCUGGUUUGUUAUUUUUGAUGACUUGCGCAUGGCUGUCUUCAAAUCACCCGACGACCCGAAUUCCGCUCGACCUCCUCUUUUUCAUUACCAAGCGCGCUACAGUGCCUUCCAUGCCCUUACACAAAUGUUAUCGAAUAUCUUCGCCCCCUCUGAAAGAUCGCCCAUCAAGCUACUUCUAGCAAAAAUCAAGGGGUCGCUACAUGAUCUCUCUGAUGUCAAUGCCAAUACAGCCUCAAAAGAGAUUGCGAAUCAAAAUCUGGAGUUUUUAAUGUCGGAUCUAUACUCUGUGAUUGAACUUAUUGAAGAGCAAAUAGAUAUUUUACAGAGCCUCGAAGAGGUUUGCGCUACUCAGGGACCAUCUGGAAAAGAUUACCCCCAUGUGAAUAUGCUUAACUUACCCUAUAUCAUUGGCCUCGGUGCCAAGAAGGGAGGGGAGACUGUUGGGAUGGCUUUGCAGUCCAUAAAAUUAUUGAUCAAGGACCGGGAACGACUCAAGGACGACCUCAAGUUCAGGUUGGGAGAGGUGAGGUUUAGGCAGUCGUCGCUCUCCGAUAAAUCUUCAGCUGGGCUCCAGAACCAAGCUUUUGAUAUUGUCAAGAAGCAGGGGGAAACAAUAACAUUUUUCACCUUCCUAACGUCGGUUUUCCUCCCGCUUGGAUUCUUGUCCUCGUACUAUGGAAUCGACCCGCCAGAUAAGGAAGGCACCGUCAAGUCCUAUAGACAAUUUUGGAUUCGGGCUGGUCCUAUUACGUUAGGAAUCACCAUUAUCUGUGCGAUAUUAUUAUAUCUACCUGAUAGCGUUCUCAAGGCUCGAAUAAAGAAGGCAUACCGCUCCUCGCGGCACGUCUGCACUCGUUUCAAAGGUUUCUGCAAGGCUUUACCCGAACAACCCUGGUUUCCACCUUGGACUCGGGCUUCGGAACCUAGGUCUUCAAUUCAAGGAGGUCCACAAAUACUGCAUAGAUCUCUUCAGGAAGGUAUCGCCUAA